AUGGCAUUCAAGGUCCUACCUGAAGACAGGACGGUGCUCUUUGCCGCCAUUCUCCUAGUCGGUCACUUGUCCUGUAAAGCAAGUUGUGAAACCGGAGAUUGCAGACAGCAAGAAUUCAAGGAUCGAUCUGGAAACUGUGUCCUCUGCAAACAGUGUGGACCUGGCAUGGAGUUGUCCAAGGAAUGUGGCUUCGGUUACGGGGAGGAUGCACAGUGUGUGCCCUGCAGGCCGCACAGGUUCAAGGAGGACCGGGGCUUCCAGAAGUGUAAGCCAUGCGUGGACUGUGCGCUGGUGAACCGCUUUCAGAGGGCCAACUGCUCGCACACCAGUGAUGCUGUCUGCGGGGACUGCUUGCCAGGAUUUUACCGGAAGACCAAACUGGUUGGUUUUCAAGACAUGGAGUGUGUGCCCUGCGGAGACCCACCUCCUCCCUACGAACCACACUGUACCAGCAAGGUGAACCUUGUGAAGAUCUCAUCCACAGUCUCCAGCCCUCGAGACACAGCCCUGGCUGCCGUCAUCUGCAGUGCUCUGGCCACGGUGCUGCUGGCCCUGCUCAUCCUGUGUGUCAUCUACUGCAAGAGGCAGUUCAUGGAGAAGAAACCCAGCUGGUCUCUCCGGUCACAGGACAUUCAGUACAAUGGCUCUGAGCUGUCGUGCUUUGACCAGCCUCAGCUCCGCCACUGUGCCCAUAGAGCAUGUUGUCAGUAUCAUCGGGACUCAGUCCAGACAUAUGGCCCUGUUCACCUGAUUCCGCCCUUGUGCUGUGAAGAAGCCCGCAGCUCUGCCCGAGCUGCCCUUGGCUGUGGGCUGCAUUCUACGGCUACCCUUCAGGAGAGAAACACAGCUUCCGUGGGAGACGCGAUGCCAGUCUUCUUUGGGUCUGUUUCCCGUUCCAUCUGCGCUGAGUUUUCUGAUGCCUGGCCUCUGAUGCAGAAUCCUCUGGGUGGUGACAGCUCUCUCUGUGACUCUUAUCCUGAACUCACUGGAGAAGAUAUCAAUUCCCUCAAUCCCGAAAAUGAAAGCUCAACAUCUGUGGAUUCCAAUGGUGGUCAGGAUCUGGCUGGGGCAGCUGCUCCAGAUUCUUCUGGAGAUUUUUCAGAAAAUACUGACUCACCUAGAUAUGGUGACGCCGAUACGGUCUGGGAGCAAACCCUAGCUCAGGAUGCUCAAAGGACUCCAAGCAGAGAGGGCUGGGAAGCCAGUGAAAACCUGAAUCUAGCCACGUCCACAGCCUUCCAGGAUGCCUGAAGGCCAUCUUCCUGACAUGGAGGUGUGGGUCUGGACACGCCUCUGGUGAGUCUUACAGACUGAGCAGUCUUGACCUUCUACGGUGUCUGGAAGGAAAAAUAAAUAUGAAGCAAACUG